CGAGACUGCGACGUUCGACCCCUGUAACGGUUUUAUGGAAAAGGGGCUCGUCAAAGCUGCGCUGCAAGGCCUCGAAAUUCCCGAUCUCGACUUUGGAGCUUUUAUAAGAAAAUCGUGGAUCCGACACGGAGAAAAAACGGCUGUGGUAGACGAUGCCACGGGAACCAGCUGUACCUACGUCGAGCUCGAGCGGCAGUGCUGGAGCGUGGCGGCGGGAAUGCACAGCCUCGGCUUCGUGCCGGGAGACGUGGCCGCAUUUGCCAGUGCGAAUAGCCUCGACUUGGUGGUGGCGGUGUUCGGUGCCAUCUUUGCCGGAGGAAAGGUUACAUUCGUCAAGACUAACCUCACAGAAAGGGAAGUGGAGGAACAACUCUCCAAGGUUUCUCCAAUGAUACUUUUUGCUGACACGCAAAACGCUGCAAAAGUGGCCGCCGCGACUAAGAAGCUCACAUCAGUGAAAGCUUUCGUGGUGUUCGGCGAGUUCAAUGGCAUGGUGCAGUUCGAAAUCCUUCGCAGCGCGCCAUCCGACCAAUUCCAAUGCCCGGCACCUAGAAAACCGGACGACGACCUGUUCAUCUUCUACACGAGUGGCACCACGGGACAUCCAAAGGGGGCUUUAAUCACUAACAGAAACUACAUUGCCCAGCUGUUUGGAUUCAUGUCGGAGACCUCGAUGUUCACUGUGAUGGACGCUUACAUUGGCAUGCUGCCGUUCUCUCAUCCGUUGGGCUUCUGUGUGUUCUGCACCAUGCUCGCCUUCGGAGCCAAGACUGUCGCACUGCGCACGCUGGCAAUCGAGCGCUUGCUCAUGGCAGCACAGAAGUACAAGAAUUCGAUGCUGUUGCUGUACCCGACUUAUAUUCGCUACCUUAUUGAGGCACCAAUACCGAAGAAGUUGGACUUAAGUGACGUGCGGGCCAUCCUUAUCGGUGGCAGCACGACCCCCGCGAUGUACCUGAAGAAGCUGUCGAAGAUGUUCCCUCGCGCAAAUGUAGUUUGUGGGUAUGGUCUCACGGAAGUAUCAGCCGCUGCUGUAUACUGUCGGCGGCCCUGCGACGACUCUAGCUGCCUCGGCCCGCCUGUGCCGUUUCUCGAGAUGAAGGUGGUUGACGUGAUCACGAACCAAGUACUUGGCCCGCGGGAGUGCGGCGAGAUAUGCAUACGAGGGCCAACUGUAUUUAAGGCUUACCUCAACAUGCCGGAAGCGACGGCGAAGGCGUUCGACGAGGAAGGAUUCUUCCGCACUGGAGACACGGGCUAUUUCACGGCGGACGGUCACUUCCACGUCGCUGGCCGCAUCAAGGACCUUAUUAAGUGCAUGGACCAGCAGGUAGCACCUGCAGAGCUUGAGACGCUCCUCCUCUCACACCCCGACGUCAGAGAGGUGGUUGUGACUGGAGUACCACAUUCCGAACAUGGCGAAGCUGCUAGAGCGUUUGUUGUUUUGCGAAAAGACUGUCAAGGAGGCAAAGUCGUGGAGGAAAGCCUAAAGACGUUUGUGAAAGAUCUGGUUGCUUAUCACAAGCAACUUCACGGUGGCCUUGAGUUUCUCGACGAGCUACCGGCAACCGAGACAGGAAAGGCUCUCCGUCGAGAACUGCGCGACGCUUACCUCAAACGCAUUGCUGCGACCACGUCCUCUUGAAUAGCAAACGAAGGUUACUUGGAGAACUGGUCUACCGCCCACUGCCGUAACGAGGCAGAUUAAAGGCGAGCUACCGAGGCCUCCUUGAAUCCUUUGCAUUCAAUGUCAUUCCGUCAUGUAAUAAAGUU